GGAGUAUUGAUUGGUCACAGGAUGACUAUGAGCCGCCAAUGUGAUAUGGCCAUGAAAAAAGAGUCACGGUUCCAGGAAAGACACUUCAGACAAUCUUGUCAACCAUACUUCAGAAGAAAUGAGUCAGAUAUUCAUAGACUAUUGCCAGCUAAAAAUUAAAUGAAUUGCACUUCAAGAAAUUUAUCACAGGAAAAAGAGAUACAAGUGGAAGGUGCAAGGGCAGUCAAGAAGAAAGUUCCAGUUACCAAUGGAGCGGAAUUUUCAAUUGCACAAUAUCCCGAGGACAUCAGUGUGUCUCUUAAUUCAACUGUUUUGAUACUGUGUGAAUUUGACUACUCAGAUAAAACCGUAAUUGAUACAAAGGUGUACUGGAGGAAAGACCCUACCUGUAAUCAGCCAGCGCUCCAGCCAACCGCAAGUACCUCUGAUGUUCGAAAGUCACAGGUACAAAUUAAAACAGAGCAGUCCGAAAAAUUUUCAAUCUUACAACUGGACAACGUUCAGCUGAACGACGCUGGCAUGUAUUUCUGCGAUGUAAGGCUAAUUUUACCAUCAUCAGUAAGGCACAAAUGUGGAAGUGGCAGCAGGCUGACAGUACAUGAGUCCAAAUGCGAUGGCAAUAUCAGGCAUGCUAAAACAUGGUGGGUGUGGUUCUUUCUUCUUGGAUACAGCAUCUGUUCCUCCAUUAUUAUCAUAGUUUUCUCCAUUCUUCAGUGCUGCAAAAAGCAUAGGAACUCCUCAAAAAAUACAGAUGGCAUCUGUACUUUGCCAAGCGAAUGGAUUUAUGACAAACCGUCCAUUACUCUUAAUAAUGGAUUUAAUCAAGAAUACGAAGAUAUGAGACUAAUAAAGACUUUUACUCACAGUGGAAGAAAGAUAUGAAAAAGGUGGAUGCAUUCAUAAUUGAAUUACAUUAGCACAUGUAACAAAUACUUUUCUACCUCCACAAAAAUCUUGGUUCAUUUAGAGUUAGUGUUGCUGAAGUGAAUUUCAUAAUCAACACAAUCACUAAAAAUCAAAGAAACCACCAGUUAAGGCAACAUGAACAUCAAAACUGUAUAUGUCUUACCACCCAAAGGCACUCAGAUUCCUCUGACAGAUCUAAUUCUUCUUAAUCACAAGAACAAAGUUACAGCAUGCACAUUCACCUUCAGUUAGAUUAAGAUGAAUUCCCCAUGAGCACAAAUGCAGUGGCAAAAUCUUCAAUGUAUUAUUUGUCCUUUAAAAUGUAGGAUGUCAGAUUUAGAAUUGUGAGUUGGAGUGUGUUUGGGAGGAAUUCCCACACCUAUCACCAGCCUACUAUUUUGCCCACCUCUAUUUCCCUCUUUCGUGCCCCUUUUCGCCUCUUAAUUCCUUUCAACCUCUCUCACUCUCAGAUAUCCAGUCAUUUCCCUCACUCCGAUCACCUUGGAUAUAUACACCUCCCAACAAAAUGAAACAACAAAAUGUAGCUUGUGAGGGAAGGGAAAAAAUCUACUUUAAAAUUACUGGAAACAUACUGAUGUGCACAUAACAUACACCUCACCUCUACCCCGAUAUAACACGACCCGAUAUAACACGAAUUCAGAUAUAAUGUGGUAAAGUAGU